AUGGAGGCUGCUGUUGCUCCGCCAACUGCGGCUAACUUCGAGGCCAUUGCUGCUGCUCUCGAGAGCCCCGACAGCAGCAGCAGGCAGCAGGCGCAGCAGCUGCUGCAGCAGCUGCAGCAGCAAAGAGAGGACUGCAGCGAACUCUGCCUCGCCAUAGUAGACGCAGCAGCAGAUGCAGCAGCAGCAACAGUGGCAGCCAUUCUCCUUCGCAGCGCGGCGCUGUGGCACUGGAAUGCGCACAUUGCUGCUAAGAGAGCAGCAGCAACUCGCGAGCUGUGUGCAGACCCAGGCGACGCAGCAGCAGCAGCAGCAGCAGCAGCAGAUGCUGCUGCUGCUGCUGCUGCGCUGAAGCAGUAUGUGCUGCGCAUGCAGCAGCUCAUGGCCAACAUGGUGCUGCUGCUGCAGCGGAGGGCAGCAGCAGGAAUUAGUGGCAGCGCUGAGCGUCAGCUGUCGCAUGCAUUUUGCUGCUUGGCUAAAAAGGGCCUCGCCACAGAGUCUUCUGUCUUUAUAUCCGCUCUUAAAAACAUUCUCAAUGAGGUGAUGUCCAGAGGCUACAUGGAGCCGCUGCCUCUCUUUUGGCUGUCUCUGUUAACAGAGGCAGCGCAGGAGAUGCAGCAGCAGCAGCAGCAGGGGCUGCAGCUGACGCUGCAGCAGCAGAAUAGCUGCUGCAGCAUCUUCCAUAAGGAGCUGCUGCUGCCGCUGCUGCAGUGCGUGCUGCAGCGGCUGCAGUACAUCCUAGACCAUACGCAGCAGCAGCCCGCGAGUCACGAGGAGAUAGCUGCGAUCCUGGCAGUGCUGGAGACAGCUUGCUGCUGGAGCUUCCGGCAUUCGCUGCUGCUGCUGGGCAGCAGCGAAGACUUGCCUUUGGCGCCCCCAGCAGAGUGGCUUCCAGUGGUCUUUCCGGAAGCUGCUGCUGCUGCUGCUGCUGCUGCUGCUGCUGCGGCCACGGAGGCUGCAGGAGGGGGCCGGGCGGGGCCCGCUGCUGCCGAGGGAUCUGCUGCUGCUGCUGCUGCUGCUGCAGCAGGGGCCCUGUCUCCGCUGCCGCAGCAGGAAGGCCUUUUUGUGCUCGUGCUGCGGCUGUACAAGCUGCUGCGGCUGCAGCAGCAGCAGCAGCCGCAGCUGUUUGCUGCAGCGCGGUUUCUGCUGCAGCGGGUCGCCAAGUUCCGGCCUUCGGGCAUGGAGGAGGCGCUGCUGGAGGCCGACGCAAGCAGCAGCAGCAGCAGCAGCAGCAGCAGCAGCAGCAGCAACUUUCCACUUCGGAAAGCUUCUUCUGGAUCUGUCUCCAAAGCCAAAAAAAGGAGACUCGCGGAACUCAUUUUUGUCCCCUUGCUGCAUGUGCUGCUCGACUUAAUAGAGACCUGCUCCUUCUAUGAGCGCCUGCAGCAGCAGCAGCAGCAGCAGCAGCAGCAGCAGCAGCAGCAGCAGCAAGCAGAGUUCACGGAGCUGGAGCUGGAGGAGGUGCGGGACCUCUGCGCUUCUCUCGCCAACAUUGCAGGCUGCAACGCAGCACUUCCUGGAGUCCUUUUUGCUGUUUGCGGCAACAGAGCUUCUCCUCUUUUGGCCAGGCAAGCAGCAGCAGCAGCAGCAGCAGCAGCAGUAGCAGCAGCAGCAGCAGCAGCAGCGGUAGUAGCGGUAGCAGCAGCAGUGGUAGCAUCAGCUGCAGCGGCGGCGGUAGCAGGUGCAGCAGCUCAUACCAGCAGCAGCAGCAGCAGCAGCAACAGCAGCAGGUGCAGCAGCAGCUGGCUUGCUGGUGGCUUGAACAAACCAGCAGCAGCAGCAGCAGCAGCAGCAGCAGCAGCAGCAGUUCGGGCCUCCGAAGGGGCCCCCCUUGCUGCUGAGGCCCUCGCGCUGCUGCUGCAGGCCUGGAGCACUUGGGCCUCCCGUUUGCUGCUGCUGGCGGACUCGCAGCAGCUGCUGCCGCCGCAGCAGCAGCAGCAGGUGCAGCAGCAGCAGCAGCAGCAGCAGCAGCAGCAGCAGCAAAAGAUGCGGAUCGAGGACGCCCCCUGGGGCCUGAACGCAUGCAGCCAAAGGGAGGGCGAGGGCGAGGGGCAGCUGAAGGGCAAAAACACUUUCAUCAGCAGCAGCAAAGAAUCUGCAUUAGGAGAGUUUUUGAAUUCUUUAGUUGGUUUGUCUUUUGCUGCUGCUGCUCGCGCGGUGGCAGCAGCAGCAGCGAAGCAGCAGCAGCUGCUGCAGCUGCAGCAGCAGGCGCGCGACGCGGCGCUCGCCGCCCCCGCGCCGCAGCAGCUGCAGCAGCAGCUCCUGCUGCUGCAGCAGCAGCAGCAGCAGCAGCACUGGCUGCUGCUCUACACCCAACUCUUAAUUGCAACUCACUCUGGGCCAGAAACCCUCAGCAGCCAAAACGUGGCGCCCCCCAAGCAGCUGCUGCAGGACAAGGACGCCCAAACUGAGCUUCUGCGGCUCCUAGAUGCGACGUUUACGAUGCUGGAGGCUGAAGUUGGCGCUUUGAGUUCCGCUGCUGCUGCUGCUGCUGCGGAGGCGCAGCAGCAGCAGCAGCAGCAGCAGCAGCUGCUGCUGCUGCAGGCGCAGCAGCAGCUGCCCUCCCCCGCAGUGCUGCAGGCGGGGCUGGGGCUGCUCUCUGUUGUAGCAAAAGCUUAUUUGUUUAGAGAGAGACUAGCGAGGCCUUUGCUGGCAGACAUUCUCUUGCCCGAGGGCGGCCUUAAGGUGCUAAACGCGGGUGUGUCUCUUGCUGCCAGGUGUCUCCUUGCUGCUCCACAGCACCCCAGCCUCAGCGUAGCCAGCGUGGGGGCCCUUUGUGUGUUUGCUGACAGCCGCAACCCUUGCUGCGCCUACCUCUGGGAGUGUGAGGUUUUCCAGGCGCUGCUGGAGGCUUGCUGCAGCUGCUGCGCGGGGCUGCUGCAGCCGCAGGCAGCAGCAGCAGCAGCAGCAGCAGCAGCGGGGUCAAGCUCGAGCACGGCGCCCGCAGAUAGCAGCAACUGCAGCAGCAGCAGCAGCAGCAGCAGCGCCCUGCGGCAGCUGUCCAGCAAGUGCUGCGCCCGCCUCUUUGCUGUUUUUGCUGCUGCUGCUGCUCCCUCGGACCAGCUGUGGGACCUGGCCACGAGGCAUGUGCAGCAGCAGCAGCAGCAGCAGCAGCAGCAGCAGCAGCAGCUGCGGCGCAGCGGCACUUUGCUCAGCGAAGAAGUUGCUGCUACCCGCACUGCUGCGCUGCUGCAGCGCUGCAGCGUCAGCUUCGGGGUGCUGCAGGCAGCAGCAGCAGCAGCAGCAGCAGCAGCAGCAGACAAGAAGCAGCAGCUGCCGGCUCCUGCGGCGACUUUAAACCAUCAGCUAACCCCAGAGGAAGAAGACGCAGCAGCGGCGAAUGGCGUUCAGGUGUUUAAGCUGCUGCAACAGCUGGCAGGAGAAAACAGGGGAGCCAAACACACGGACUGGAUGUCAACGUGCAUAAUUGACUGCCUGAAGUCUCUCCGUCCCCUAUGGCUGCUUCUAAGCGACAAAGAACCCAAGGUUUUGAGUUCCUACUUAUCUGUUUUCGGAGUUCUCUUAGAAGACGACGCAGCUCUUGUGCUGCAGCAGCUGGGCCCUGAAGACAGCGACAUCUUGAUGACCCUCGCCGAGCGGGGGGCCCUCUCGGGCCAAGCCCGGCUCAUGAGCCUUUCCUUAGAAGCUGUUUAUCUUCUUGCAAUGCAACUGGCAAAUGCGCAGCUGCUUAAUUUAGUAAACCCUGAGGGUUUGCUAAACCCUGAGGGUUUGCUAAACCCUGAGGGUUUGCUAAACCCUCAAAACAAAACCUCCGUCUUCGCGGGACUUCCUCAGGCAGAGACGAUGCAGCAGGUGUACAUACACCUCGCGAAACUAGCCACGGCGCUGCUGCAGAAGAUGUUGACCGAACAAAUGCCCGCAGUGGUGCGUAAACCCUAA